AAACAAAUAAUACAGCAUUUUUGUAAUUUUCUAACAAAUAAUAAUUUUAAUAAUUUGUAUUGUGUUUAUUUUUGCUUUUCUGAAAUUACAUUGAGAUUUCUUUAUAAUUAUAAAUAAUGUAUGCUGGGUGCCUGGGUAGGUAUAGCUACUCCCCUCGAGAAUUCACUGCCAAUGUAUUUUACACGCAUAUGCUUAUUGUAAAAAUGUUACAGAUUAUAUAUAUUCUAAUAGCUGAAUCCAGAUUGCAUGCCAAAAUAUUAAUAUAAAUUGGAAUGUCCGAAUUGCACGCUGUCUCUUGGAGGGGUAUAUGUCCGAAUAAAGUAACUAAAUAGUUCAAUCUCCACCAAAUAUUAUUAAGGAACCACCUGGUUAUGAAGUACUGUUUCAAGUAGCUAAUGAUCAAUAUUCUAAUGAUAAACCAUUUACAAUUGAUUGCGAAGCAGAAGGAGAGCCUGCUCCAAAGUAUCGAUGGAUGAAAAAUGGUAAGAACUUUGAUUGGCAAGCAUAUGAUGACAGAAUAGCUCAACAACCAGACAGUGGUUCCCUAGUUAUUACAAAACCUAGAGAUGAAGAUUUUGGACAAUAUCAAUGUUUUGCUGAAAAUGCUUGGGGUAUAGCUACCUCUAAAUCUGUAAUGGUUGUGAAGGCUGAACUAAAUUUGUUUAACAAUGAACCGAACCUCUAUAUUGAUGCUCAAGAAGGUGAGCCAUUUAAGCUGACUUGUCAUCCUCCGACUGCAUGGCCUAAGCCAACUGUAAUUUGGCUAAAAACAACUAAAGAUGACAUAUUAACGACUGUUGAUAACAGUAGAAUGACGAUUGACCCAGAGGGUAAUCUUUGGUUUUCAUAUGUAAUGCAAUCUGACGCUAGCUUUACGUAUUAUUGUUAUGCAAGUUCAUUUUCAAUGAAUGAAUAUAAAUAUGGUAAUCCAGUGAAUAUAAAUGUUAUUCAAACUGCUGGAACUAUUUUACAAAAUAAAUAUCCACCUAUUCAACAAUAUGUAACUAGGAGGAAUGAAGUGUCAUUGUUGAAUAAAACAGUUGAAUUGUUUUGUAUUUAUGGUGGAAUUCCACUACCCCAAACUAUUUGGUUAAAAGAUGGAAGAGCCAUACAAUUCAAUAAACAGAUUACCCUAACAAAUUAUGGAAAAAGUUUGAUUAUUAAGGAAAUACAAUUUGAAGAUAGAGGAAAAUACACAUGUGAAGUUAGCAAUGGCGUAGGAUUACCAGAAUCAUAUAAUAUUGUGCUUGAUGUCAUGGCUGUCCCGGUUUUCACUGUUAUUCCACAAAUUGUGGAAAGAGGUGAAGGAGAAACUGCUGUUAUUAAAUGUGAAGCAAGCGGCAACCCACAACCUUCAAUUAAGUGGAUUCACAACGGUCGUCCAUUAAGUGAAGCAUCACCAAAUCCAAGACGUUCUGUUACUUCAAAUUCUAUAACAAUUACAGCAUUGACUAAGAAUGAUACUGGAAAUUAUGGUUGUAAUGCUACCAAUAGUGUUGGAUAUAUUUACAGAGACGUUUAUAUUAAUGUAUUAGCUUUGGCUCCUGAAAUUGAUGAACUUCCACACAAUGUAAAAACUAUUGAAGGUAGUACUACUACUGUAAUUAGAUGUAAACUAUCUGGUGUUCCUAAACCACAAACAAAGUGGAUAAAAAAUAAUAUAGAAUUAACUGGUGGACGAUAUACAACAUUAGACAAUGGUGAUUUACAGAUAAGUGAAGUUAGUUUUACUGAUGCUGGAAUUUAUACUUGCAUUGCUACCAACAAUUAUGGAACGGCAAAUGCAUCUAGAACACUUACUGUUAAAGAACAUACAGAAAUCAUCACUGGACCUGAGGACAAUGUGGUUGUUGCUGGAUCGUCGGCCACAUUUUAUUGUACAGCAAUUGCAGAUCAUUCUUUGGAUCUUAACAUUAUCUGGUUAGCUAAUAAUGAACCUAUAGAUUAUGAUAUCCAACCUCGUUUUGUUAAAAAUAAUGAUCAUUCUAUGACCAUAACCAAGACUAUUGAAUUAGACUCUGGAAUUUACACAUGUUUAGCUAAAACUGAGUUGGAUCAAGUCUCAGUUAAUGCCACCCUUAUUGUUCAAGACAAACCAAAUCCACCUACAGGCUUGGAAAUUAUUUGUAAUAAAAGAAAUGCGGUUGUAAAAUGGCGAUCAAACGGAGAUAAUCGUGCACGUAUCCUAAGCUACACUGUUGAGUAUAAUACCAGUUUUGAUCCUGGCACCUGGUUAGUUGCAUCAGAUAAUGUACCUGCAACUAAUCCCGAGUUAAUUGUACCAAUGACACCAUGGGCAAAUUUUACAUUCCGAAUAAUUGCAAAGAACAAAAUUGGUAAGUCGAACCCAUCUUUACAUUCAAGUCUUUGUACCACACAGCCAGAUGUACCUUAUACAAAUCCAGAAAAUAUUGAAGCUUAUAGUACUAAACCGUCUAAACUUAUUAUUAGCUGGACACCAAUGCCAAAAAUCUAUCAUAACGCUCCUGGCUUAAGAUAUCAAGUUUAUUGGAAACAAAAUAUGCCUGGCCAAGUCUGGAAUUUAAAAGAAAUAACAGAUUAUACUGAAAAUAAAGUAAUUAUCUUAAAUCAACCGACAGACAAACAUUAUAAAGUAAAAGUAGUUGCAUUUAACGAAAAGGGUGAAUCUAGCGGACCUCAAAAAGAAGUCAUUGGACAUUCAGGCGACGAUGUUCCAAUCGAUGCACCUCAAAAUCUAACUGUUUUAAAUGUUACUGGUAGUAAAAGUGCUAUAUUGAGUUGGGAAGCUGUUUCACCUGAAUCUGUUAAAGGAAACUUUAAAGGCUACAAAAUCCAAUUUUGGACAGAGGGAGAUGGAGAAAAUAAUAAGAUUGAAGAGAAAGUUAGUUUAGAUAAAACAACAGUUGAAAUUAAGACAUUUUUUCCUAACGCUAAACAUUAUUUGCUUAUUUUUGCAUACAACAGUCAUUUUAAUGGAGCACGUAGUCAAUUUAUAUCUUUUGAUACACCUGAAGGAGUCCCUGGGCCUGUUCAUGGAGUAGAGGCUGAACAAUGGGGAUCUUCCGCAAUUUUAUUGAGUUGGCAACCACCAGACGAGCCGAAUGGAGUACUGACUGGUUACGAGAUUUCUUAUGAAUCAAUGACUCAACAAGGGGUAGGAGAAAGGGCAAAACGACCAUCUAUUACCAAUCCUAAACAGACUUCUGCCAAGUUGGCUUCAUUAAAACCAUCAACUAACUAUCGAAUUUACAUCCAAGCAGCUACAAAAGCUGGUGUUGGAGAACCAUUUUUUAUUGAACAGAAAACCAAAUCUCCCUUGCCAAUAGACACUGAACUAGAUAAGCCAGAGUUCAAUUAUGUCCAUAAAGCAUAUAAUAAAUUUUUUGAUACAGUACGUAUUAUCUGGAAACCAAGCCUUAAUAGAAGCCCUGGAUCUCACUUCUUUGUGAAAUACAAGCUUGAAGGCGAUUAUUUAUAUGAAGAAACUAAGCAUGAACUUGACAAGAAUUUUAUUGAUGUAAAGGGUUUGAAACGAGGAAAAUUGUAUGAAUUUAUUGUAGUUGUUGUAGAUGGAUUUACCAUAAAAGAAUCAGAUAUUGUGGAAAUUGAAGCAUCAAGCAAUGUAGCUGGUAUCACAGAAGCAGAAGAAACAACUGUAUAGUUAUAAAUCCAUUGAAACUAGGAGAAAUAAAUUAAAAAACAUUUUAAAUUUGUGGACAAUUGAGUGACUGAAUCGCAAGUGGCAAGCAUACUUAAUUCAUUACCUGCUAUUGAUUAAGAAUAUUUUAUACAUUUUACUAUUUUCCAACAUAUGUAAUUAUUAAAAUAAAUAUAUUCCACGAUGA